UCUGUGCAAACGUGCCCGUUUCUGCUGCCUGCAGCUAUUCAGGUAGUAUAAGUAGAGCGAGCACAAACAGACCGCAAGGAACUGACGACUCUCGGGAGGGAUCACCACUCACAAUAUCAUCAUCAAGGACACCGUGAGCGCGAGUGAAAUAGAUGGGCGUCGCGGAGGUGGUCGCCGGCAUUGUGGUUCUCUGGCUGGCGGUGUGCACGGCGGCCGCGGCAGGGAGCGGGCGAUGGAGGAGUGAGGAGGGCUGGGGCGUGCAAGGAGAGGUCACGUACGACCACAGGGCUCUGGUGCUGAACGGCACCAGGAGGAUGCUCUUCUCCGGGGAGAUGCACUAUCCAAGGAGCACGCCUGAGAUGUGGCCAAGACUCAUUGCUAAAGCAAAGGAAGGUGGUCUUGAUGUAAUACAGACUUAUGUAUUUUGGAAUGUUCAUGAGCCUGUCCAGGGCCAGUACAACUUCGAGGGGAGAUAUGAUCUUGUGAAAUUCAUCAAAGAGAUUCAAGCUCAAGGACUCUAUGUCAGCCUCAGGAUUGGUCCUUUCAUAGAGGCAGAAUGGAAAUACGGAGGAUUUCCGUUUUGGCUACAUGAUGUCCCAAAUAUUACAUUUCGAAGUGACAAUGAACCCUUUAAGCAACAUAUGCAAAGAUUUGUCACAGAUAUAGUAAGCAUGAUGAAACAUGAAGGGCUUUAUUACCCACAAGGAGGCCCCAUUAUAACUUCUCAGAUUGAGAAUGAAUACCAAAUGGUUGAGCCUGCAUUUGGCUCAAGUGGGCAACGUUAUGUCAGGUGGGCAGCUGCAAUGGCUGUAAACCUUCAGACAGGUGUUCCCUGGACGAUGUGCAAGCAAAAUGAUGCUCCAGAUCCAGUUAUCAAUACCUGCAAUGGGCUUAUCUGUGGAGAAACAUUUGUUGGACCAAACUCAGCUAAUAAGCCUGCACUGUGGACAGAAAAUUGGACCUCUCGCUAUCUUAUAUACGGUAAUGACACAAAAUUGAGAUCUCCAGAAGAUAUUGCCUUUGCAGUUGCACUCUUUAUAGCAAGAAAGAAUGGAAGCUACAUGAGCUACUAUAUGUACCAUGGGGGAACGAACUUCGGGAGGUUUUCUUCUUCAUAUGUGACAACAAACUACUAUGAUGGAGCUCCUCUUGAUGAGUAUGGUAAAUAUUUAAUUAUUUAUACAAAUGGAAGCGUGCUAAAUAUAUUUACACAAUUUCAUAAUUCAAAGCACAUCAAUAAAUUCAAUGAAUCAUAUCCAGGUUUAAUAUGGCAACCAACAUGGGGUCAUCUCAGAGAACUGCAUACUGCAGUAAAACAGUCAUCAGAACCAUUACUAUUCGGGACAUACUCCAAUUUUUCUUUAGGUCAAGAACAAGAGGUAAAAAUUACACAAAAGGAAAAUUCAAUGCUUUAUUUCAAUAGAUUCCACCAAGAUAAGGACAUAAUGUAUGAUGCACUCCAGGCACAUAUUUUUGAAACAGAAUCGCAAUGUGUGGCUUUCCUAGUCAACUUUGAUCAGCAUCAGAUAUCAGAGGUCGUAUUUCGUAAUAUAUCAUUGCAACUGGCCCCUAAAUCAAUCAGCAUUCUCUCAGAUUGUAAGAGAGUAGUUUUUGAAACUGCUAAGGUAAAUGCUCAGCAUGGGUCAAGAACAGCUGAAGAAGUACAAUCUUUCAGUGACAUUAAUACUUGGAAGGCAUUCAAAGAACCAAUUCCUCAAGAUGUGAGUAAAGCUAUGUACACUGGAAACCAACUCUUUGACCAUCUAUCAACCACUAAAGAUGAGACAGACUAUCUAUGGUACAUUGUUGGUUAUGAAUAUACACCAAGUGAUGAUGGCCAGCUUGUGCUAAUUAAUGUUGAGUCACGAGCACAUAUUUUGCAUGCCUUUGUCAACAAUGCAUAUGUAGGUAGAAUACAUGGGAGUCAUGAUGGACCUGCCAGUAUAAUUCUCAGCACGAAUAUUUCUCUCAAUGAAGGACCGAACAACAUAUCGUUGCUAAGUGCUAUGGUUGGAUCACCGGAUUCUGGUGCUCAUAUGGAAAGAAGAGUCUUUGGAAUCCGGAAAGUGAGCAUACAGCAGGGACAAGAGCCAGAACAUCUGCUCGACAAUGAGCUAUGGGGAAACCAAGUUGGCUUAUUUGGGGAAAGGAAUCACAUCUACACACAAGAAGGAUCAAAAAGUGUUGAAUGGACAACUAUCAACAAUUUGGCAUAUAGUCCGCUUAUUUGGUACAAGACAACAUUUCCCACACCAGCAGGGAAUGACGCAAUAGCACUGAACCUUACUAGUAUGGGUAAGGGUGAAGUGUGGAUCAACGGAGAGAGCAUCGGACGAUAUUGGGUCUCUUUCAAGGCUCCUAGUGGCAAUCCUUCGCAAUCUUUGUACCACAUACCACGGCAAUUUCUAAACCCUCAAGACAACAUCCUGGUCCUUUUUGAGGAAAUGGGAGGUGACCCACAACAGAUAACAGUGAACACAGUGUCCGUCACAAGAGUGUGUAGCAAUGUGAAUGAGCUGUCUGCACCAUCACUCCAGUCCCAGGACAAUGAACCAGCAGUCAAUCUCUGGUGCCAGGAAGGAAAACAGAUCUCGGCAAUUGAGUUUGCAAGCUAUGGAAAUCCCGUGGGGGACUGCACGAAUUAUGGUUCUGGAAGCUGUCAUGCUGGAUCAUCGGACUCUGUUGUAAAACAGGCUUGCUUGGGUAAAAGUGGGUGCUCUAUUCCCGUAACAACUGACAAAUUUGGAGGGGACCCGUGUCCUGGCAUCCAAAAAUCCCUUGUAGUCGUGGCGAGUUGCGGAUGAUACAAGACAAUGAGUAAAGUACAUCCACAGUACAUAAAGUUGCAUCAUUGUUUCACUUUGGUCCAACAAGUUGCAAAUGUUGCACCCAACCCUACAUGAAGUUGCAUUAUUGUUUCACUUUGGUCCAACAAAUUGCAAACGUUGUGCCCACCAUACACUAAGUUAUCCAUUAUGUGCAUAAACAGUCCAGUGUACUCCAACAGUGUAAAUUCUAUGGAUGCCAAUUGGCAAGAUAGCACCAGUAGUUGGUGCUCAUCUAAUUACAUGUUGUCGGCACACCACCCCAACGAUGCCAACGCCAUCGGCAAGUCAGCUGCAACAAAGAGAUCGAGGCUUGGACAGAGGCGGCCGGGGUUGGGGGGAGCUCGAGAGCAUGCGAGAUAGGGUGGCUGCACGGGUGGGGGAGAUAUGUGGUACGUAAGGGGAGUGAUUGGGACUUCCUAGGGCUAGUACUCGUGCGAGGAGUUCUUUUCUUUUUUUCUCUCACAGCCUGCUUUCAUUAGCGUGUGCUUGUGUGGGCGCAGCCAGCUCCUACUAAUUCACGCGAUUACGAAAUCACCCAACAACUGCUGUCGCAGCUAAUGGAAGAUUAGCGCUCGCUCGAGCAGAAAAUUUUUGGUCAAUUUCUUUUAGGGUGUGGCCUAAUUUUUCCUAGUGUUUUACAGUACCAACAGGUUAAUUCAAUAGUUCUCUGUGUGUUUAAUAAUUUUUCUUCUGUGUCCUGUAGACCCUAGCAAGCAUCUCGACCCUUCUAUGUACUCGCUGGCAUGCCAUAUCUGUAGAAUACAUAGUGUGGUAUACAUUGGAAUACAUGCACCCAAUGAACAACUUCGUGUACGGUGGGUGCAACAUUUACAACUUGUUGGAUCAAAGUGAAAUAAUGAUGCAACUUGGUGUAUCGUGGGUGCAACAUUUACAACUUGUUGGACCAAAGUGAAACAGUAAUGCAACUUCAUGUAUGGUGAUGCAAGAUACAACUUCAUGUAUGGUGGAUGUACUUUACUCCAAGACAAUCAUAGAAGUGUACAAACACAGGAAAGGCAUUACGCAUUAGUUAAAAUUGCAAGAUCAGAAGAGAGGAAACAGGAAUCAAAACAAACAAGAAGUAUUCUUAGGCAAGCAGUUGAUAAAUUGAGGUGUAGUUCAUAGACUCCAUGUACCCAUCGCUUUGACCUCAUACUCAUAAGCACAGAUAUUUGUAAGAUUGGCCCGAAAUACGGCUCAUUGUGCAAACUGAAACCCU